GCGAUGGCACGUGGUGCGGGAGGAGCACGGAACGAGCCGUCGUCGUCCACCAGCUGCGGUGGCGUCAACCAGCUGGGCGGCAGUUUUGCCAAUGGCAAGCCGCUGCCCUUCCAUGUGCGCCUCAGGAUCCUGGAGCUGGCCCUGUUCGGCUACCGGCCGUGCGACAUCUCACGACAGCUGCUCGUCUCGCACGGAUGCGUCUCCAAGAUAUUGGCGCGCUUCACCGAGACCGGCUCCAUACUGCCAGGGGCCAUCGGUGGAAGCAAGCCUCGUGUUUCAACACCUCUGGUGAUUCGCAAAAUUCGCGAGUACAAGCAAGAGAAUGGUGCUCUGUUUGCUUGGGAGAUUCGGGAGCGACUACUCUUUGAUAGAGUUUGCCCUCGAGACUCCUUGCCCAGCAUAUCUUCUAUCAAUAGGAUUCUGCGGCGAACACUGGGACGGUCAAAACCACAGCGCCUCAUGGCACAGAACCACAUGGACACUGAACAGCACCCACCUGCUUCCAUGGGAUUAGACACACAGAAACGAACAUUCUUUAUUAAGGAUAUUUUAGGUUGGCACAUGUAACUAUGUCACAACUCUCUUCAACAGGUAGGUUAGCGGGAGAU